AAACUGAGGCUCAGAGAGGCGAAGGCACUUGGCUGAGGUCACACAUCCAGGAAGCCAUGGGGCUCCGAUUGAAGUUCAAGUGGCAGGCUCCAGAGCCCACAGUUCCAGAGGACCAUGAUGCCGAGCUGCCAUCGUUCCUGCGGCUGCAGCCAUGGCCCCAGCAUGGAGGACGGCAAAUGGUAUGGGGUCCGCUCCUACCUGCACCUCUUCUAUGAGGAUUGUGCAGGCACCGCGCUCAGUGACGACCCUGAGGGACCCCCGGUCCUGUGCCCCCGCCGGCCCUGGCCCUCACUGUGCUGGAAGAUCAGCUUGUCCUCAGGGACCUUGCUUCUGCUGCUGGGUGUGGCGGCCCUGACCACCGGCUAUGCGGUGCCCCCCAAGCUGGAGGGCAUUGGCGAGGGUGAGUUCCUGGUGCUGGAUCAGCGGGCAGCUGACUACAACCAGGCCCUGGGCACUUGCCGCCUGGCGGGCACGGCACUCUGUGCAGCGGCCGGGGUCCUGCUGGCCAUCUGCCUCUUCUGGGCAAUGACGGGCUGGCUGAGCCAAGAUGCCAAGGCAGAGCCCCUGGACACCGAAGCCGAUGGCCACGUGGAGGUCUUCGGGGACGAACAAGAGCAGCAGCUGUCCCCCACCUUCUGCGAUGCCAGUGGCCAGGCAUGGCUCUCACCGCCCGCCAGCCCCUUUGGGCACUCUUCCGUGCAGACCAUUCAGCCCAAGCGGGACUCUUGAGCUGCCCACGUGGCCAGAGGAUGAGCAGACCUGGGCCCUGGACCCUUCCUUCUCCCACCACAUGCUCCCCUCCUGCCAUCUCCCCAGACUUCUCCCUCUUAGCAGGGCCCCUUUUAUCCAAGCCCCAGAAGGUCCAACUCCAGGUCACAUCUGGGGCUCAAAUCCUGGUACCCCUUUCCCGGGGGUAGGGCCCCAGCUCACUCAAGAUGCCAACCUUCCUAAGGUCCUCCCAGAGCUUCCCACCUACCUCCCCUUCCCAAGGCCCUCCGGGCCGGAAGGUAUCUCCCUCAACCCAUCCUCACUCUCUUCUGUGUGACCUGGGACAGACCUCUCAUCCUGCCUCUGCUCCGAGGGGUUUGAACCAGACCCUAGAGUUCUGUGAUACUCCUUUCUUCCCCAGGUUAUAAGCACUAUCCGCCCUAGACAAGGAUGGGGGAGGGGCAGAGGGGUCACUCGGUCACCAGGAUGACUCAGAAUGGGUCCAGGAUGCUCCCCGGGCCUUUCAGGGUUCUCUCACUGUGUGUUUUCUGCUGGCAUUUUGACAUCAGAGCUCCACCGUCCACCUAUCAUGGCCCAGCGGGGGGGUGAGGGAGGCUGGGAGGUGACAUGUGCAAGGUCACGCAGCAGGAGGAUCUGCAUGUUAUUCUACAGCUAGAUCAGAGCCCCACCUCUUCCCAGCUUCCAGGGGAUCCCCAGGAUGGGGGGACAGAUUUGGCCCAGAGAGACUAGCCGGAGGCCCAGGGGUCCCAGGUGGCUCCAAAGAGACUUUGGACCUGGGUUUGGAUGGUCUUUAAGGCCAGGGCGCAGGAGAAGCGGGUGUCUUUGCUCCCCCAAGUCCACCCAGCUGGAAACCGACGCCCACAGCCUUGACCCUGACCCUGAUGACCCAUGGGCCCUUGACGGGCUCCCCAGCCGGAGGCGUCAUCGCUCUUCUGUACCGCUAGGGGGAGCGCCGAGACGGCUGGAGACUCGCGCUCCGGGUCGCGGUCCCCUCCCCCUCCUCAGUCUCCCCGGGAGGGUCCUCGGUUCUGCCCCCACCCGGCCGAACUCGGCCGUCCCCGUGCCCCACGCCCCCUCCUCCUCUGCGCCCCUCCCGUGCCGCCCUUCAAUAAACAGCCGGGACGGA